AUGUUGAUAGUUGAUGAGUUGCCUUUCUCUUUUGUGGAGCGUGAAGGUUUCCGUAAGUUUUGCAAGGCUAUCAAUCCACAUUUUGUUGUUCCUUCACGUCCCACCACAACUAGAGAUUGUUACAGUUUUUUUAUUGAUGAAAGGAAAAAGUUAGUAAAUGUCUUUAAAAAUCUGUCUUCACGAGUAUGUCUAACCACAGAUACAUGGACUUCAGGUCAAAAUUUAAGUUACAUGUGUUUGACAGCUCAUUUCAUUGAUGAUGAUUGGAAUUUACAUAAGAGAAUCAUAAAUUUUUGUCUAAUCGUUGGUCAUACCGGAGUACUGAUUGGAAGGGCGGUUGAAAAAUGUUUAAUUGAGUGGGGGUUAAAAAAUAUCUUGACUAUAACAGUGGACAAUGCUAGCUCUAAUUAUGUAGCUAUUAACCAUUUGAAAAAUGUUCUUAACCAUUGGGAAUGUGGUGUUAUGAAAGGGGCUUUUUUACAUAUGAGAUGUGCGGCUCACAUCUUAAACUUGGUGGUCAGAGAUGAGCUGCUGGAUGUCAAUUUGUCUAUUAAAAAAAUCCGCACUCUUGUAAAAUAUGUAAGGUCAUCUCCCGCUAGGCUUCAAAAGUUCAAAGCCGCUGUUGAAGAAGAAAAGAUAGAAAGCAAGAGUCUUGUUUCUAUGGAUGUUGAAACACGUUGGAACUCAACAUUUCUGAUGCUUGAAAGUGCCAUGAAGUUUAAAAAAGCUUUCUCAAACUUGCUUCUAAAAGAUUCCAAUUGUGCGAAAGAGCUAAGAAAGUGUGAGGGUGGUUUGAUUAACGAUAAAGAUUGGGUUAUUGUUAAUAGUCUGUUGCCUUUUUUGAAGAUCUUUUUUGAUGCUACGAAAAGGUUUUCUGGUUCUCGUUAUGUGACUUCAAAUGCUUAUGUACAUGAGAUUUUUGGAAUUGGUAAUGUUAUUGAUGGGUUUGCCAUGCAUUCUGAUAAGUCCAUUAAGUCCAUGGCACUUAAAAUGCAAGCAAAAUACAAGAAGUAUUGGGGGGACAUAACAAAACUUAAUCAGUUUUUGUUCAUCGGUGUAGUUCUUGACCCAAGACGCAAAUGGCAAUAUAUUGCAUGGCUUGUAGAAGAAAGCUUUGAAGAAAAGAAAGCGUGUACUUUUCUUUCAAAUCUGGAUUCCAACAUGCGGGUCUUGUUUGAUCUCUAUAAUGCUUCCAUGCCUCAAAAAGAAAAGGAUGAGGAGGUGUCAUCUUCUACUUCUAAAGCUAGUCCUAGUUCUAUGUGGGGGCACGAGGUAGUCAUGGAUAUUGAGGAACUUAUGACUAAACGUUUUGAAAUGGCUAUGGGGAGUUCUGAAACCAUUUUGAAGAAAACAGAAUUAGACAAAUAUCUAGGGGAAGACCGUGAAGCUAUGGAUGCCAACUUUGACAUUUUAAAAUGGUGGAAGAUUCAAAAAUGUAGGUAUCCUGUUCUUGAAAAUAUGGCCAGGGAUUUGCUUGCUAUUCCAGUUUCUACGGUUGCCUUCGAGUCGGCUUUUAGCACAGGAGGACGGGUGCUUGAUUGCUUUCGAACAUCUUUAACUCCUAGAAUGGUGGAAGCCUUAGUAUGCACACAAGAUUGGGUGUGUGAUUCUCAUGAUGCAAUUAAUGUUGAUGACAUAUUGCUUGAAAUAGAGAAAAUAGAGGAUGGAGGUUAG